ACUGUCGUUAUGGCGCUUUGCCAUGUUUGUGUGUGAUGUUCAUGAUGGCACCACAAUCCGUAACCACUGAUACUCUGUAGAAGUCCAUUAUUUAUUAAUAUCACAGGUAAAGUUUCGCCCACACCAACUACAACAUGACGAUUCGCUGGUCGGUAGGUACCACCUUUUACUUGAACUUUCCAAAAGCAUGAUUCUGUUUUUAUUAUUGUUUUGUUUCGGUUUUUUGGAUUCACUUUGGUUUCAGGACAUUUGUCCAGUCAGUCACUAAUUGUUAUUUUAAAAAUGUCAUUGUAUGAAGUACUUGAGUGCUCUUAUGUCUAGGCUGAGCAAGCUUACGAUGGCUAAGUGAACCUGGCAUAUUUUUUUGUUGCAUCAACAGUUUCAUCAUAUGACUGAAGUAGCCUGCAUGUAUUCACAAUGUUUUACUUGGAACUUUGAAUCUUAAUUUCCAAGGAUGUUUAUACUUAUUGAUAGGACAAUUUGAGGAUGAGCACCAACAGCCAAUCAGAGAAGAGGACAAACGGCUGCAAUCAGGUGUGCAGAGUGCACUGCCCACAAGUUCCUCCUCUUUGCGCUCCUCAUUACUCUGAUACUAGCUCAGAUGGCACAGAUGAGCACAGAUCCUAUCAUAUGAUGGGCCACUAUCUGCGUGCAAACGUCUUCCCCGGGCCCUCGGUUGUGUGGUCAUCUUUGGUGAAGGACUCAUAUGCUCAUCAUCAUCUACCAGCAUUUGUCCAAGAUGCAGAGCACUGGCACGGCCAUAAAACAGAUCACCUAGUGAAGUGGACAGAGCAGAACUUUCUCAACAAGCGACUGCAUAAGCUGCUGAAGGAAAUGGAGAUCAAGGGUGUGUCCAAAUGAGCCUGACAUUUUCGAAAAAACCGCAGCAAAUUAACAAUCUCACCUUCAAAGAAGUGUUAACACAGCACCCACACGCUUUUAGAUAUUUUCAUACACAAACACACACAGACACACCUACAUGUGUAUAUAACCUCACACGGGCCUCAGUAUUCACGAAUAGACCCUCCUACUCACACUUCAGCUGCUAAUUGUUGCACUUUAUGUGCUGUGUAUAUCUCGAGUCAAAUGCAGUGACUGAAAUGAACAACUGACUUUGCAGUAAGUCAGCUGAUAGAAAAAAUAAGUUGCUAUCUGGUAAUAGGCAUGAGUGAAAUCCUAGAGAAUAAAUGUGAAUUUGUAGGGCUGGGUGUAUAAUUGGUGCAACUCUUUUUCCUUCCCUAAUACUUCAGUAGUCCCUUUAAAGUGCUGCUUUGAAAGUUUGUGAACCCCUUGCAGAAUCUGUGAAAAUGUGAAUAAUUUUAACAAAA